AUGCUCUACCUUACAGAAAACCGCAAGUAUGAGAACCUUGUUGAUCCUUCAACUUUCAUUCCUCGAUUCUCAAACAAGUUAUUGAAAGGUGCACACAAUAAGCAAGUCGUGGAAACGGCUACACACAUUAUAGCUAGUAUGAAGAGUAACUGGAUGCAGACCGGACGGAAACCAAGUGGAAUAUGUGGAGCAGCACUCUAUACAGCUGCACUUUCUCAUGGUGGCUCGGAUCCUCCCUCCUUCCAGCGAGCAGAGAAAGAGAGAAUGGAGGAAAAAGCUUCUACAGAAGAAAACGACAAACAACAAAAUUCGGAUGAAUCAAGCACUUUGUCUGACCUCGAUGAUGGAGAGUUGGAUUGUUAUUUUCGGAACCCGAAAGAAGUGCACCUGGUUGAGAUUAUCUUUGAUCACGAAAACCCCGGAUAUGAUGAGAAGGAAGCAGCAGCUUUAAACGCUUGCAAUAAUGCAAGCAACCUUUUCGAAGCUUCUAAAGCAGCGGCGGCGAAAUCUAGAAAAGAUAAACGACAACAACGUGCUGAGGAAGAAAAGAACGCGCCUCCUCCAGCUACAGCCAUGGAAGCUGUUGAUAGCAUGGUCAAGAGAAAGAAAUUUCCCGAUACUAACUGCGAUUAUUUGGAGGAGCUUCUUGAUACUUCAGCUCAGAAAGCAUCCAAGAGAUUGAAAACCGAGACAGUGAUGGAGAAGAACAAGGAAGAGCAUGAGAUUGUUGAAAACGAACAGGAUGAAGAAGAUUACGCGGCAUGA